AUGAAGUACUUUCAGCAGUCCGUCGAUUUCGACUACUCUUGGGAGGAAGUCUCGACAAGCAACUGGCAAAAGUACGGGCCAUGGAAUGAGAAGACCCCGCACGUUAUUGCUGUCGAUACACUGUCUCGCUCCGUCGAUGCCAGCACAGGAAUUCUGCGCACAGAACGACUCAUUACAUGUCAACAAUCUGCACCGAAAUGGGUGACGGCCAUCCUCGGCGGAGUCGACACCUCGAUGGUCUACGAGACCUCAUACGUUGAUCCCGUCGCCAAGAAGCUCACAAUGUGCUCGAUGAACGUCACUUGGGCCGACCUCCUCCAAGUCCGCGAAACAUGCGUUUACACGCCGCAUGCGGCGUCCUCGUCCAAGACCACCUUUUCCCAGCGUGCCGAAAUCACAGCGUUCUGCGGCGGGUGGCAGAAGAUCAAGAACAGCAUCGAGCAGUUCACUGUCGAGCGCUUCCAGCAGAACGCCCUGGCCGGCAAGGAAGGCUUCGAGAUGGUGCUGGAGCGCGCGCGCCAGGUGUUCCAAGAGCAGCGCGAAAUCCUCGCUCUGCAGCAAAACAGCCGCAUCCUCCGCGAGGCCAAGUUUUGA